UCGCGGCGCCAAGAUGGCGGCGCCCAGCGAGGGCCGGCCGGGUCGCUGCGCGACGCCGUUCCCGGGCGCUGAGAGUGGUCCCUUCGCUUUCCCUUUCGCCGUCCCGCACGGCGCCGCGGACUCCGGGGCGGAGGAGACAUCCAAGAAGCCGUGCCGAGCCUGCACGGAUUUUAAGAGCUGGCUCCGCGAGCAGAGGAAGCAGGCGGCCCCGGGCGGCGGGGACCUGACCGUUACGGAGGAGAAAGAGCCGCCUCCGGACUGUCCUCUUGACAGCGAGCAGCUGGGCCGUAACACCUGGGCGUUCCUGCACACCAUGGCGGCAUACUACCCCGACCGCCCCACCGGUGCCCAGCAGAAGGAGAUGAGGGAGUUCAUCAACCUCUUCUCCAAGUUUUACCCCUGUGAGCACUGCGCUGAGGAUCUGAGGGAAAGAUUACGUGCAAAUCAGCCUGAUACUAGCAACAGAAAUAACUUCUCCCAGUGGUUGUGUCUUCUUCAUAAUGAAGUGAACAGGAAACUGGGGAAAUCUGAAUUUGACUGCUCUCGUGUGGAUGAGCGCUGGCGAGAUGGUUGGAAAGAUGGUAGUUGUGAUUAAUCUGUAGAGACUGCUUUGGAGAUCUGAGAGACCAAUCUGGUGUCGAGUCACUACAGGGAGAUGUGCCAGUCAGCAGCUGUGUGUUUGCGUGCUUGUGUGUGUGAUUGAUAUGGCUUGUGGAAAUAAAGGUAAACCAAUUCUAAAAGUGAAUUUGAAAAUCUUAGACUAAUCAUAUUUUGAUAAAUGAUUACAUAAAUGUAUUAUCUGAGGGAUUGAGGCCUUACAUUUGACACAGGAAUCACCAGAAACCUGUGAAAUUGUCACAAACUUGUAGAGACUUUUUCAUUACGACAUUUCCUUAUUUUAGGGGCAUUUGCUUAUAUCUGUGACUAGAAUUCAUCUUCCCUGAACACAGUUGUAGGGGGCUGCCCUGUAGCAUUUUAUGUUUAUCUGCAGGCAUUAUCCUGAUGUUUUAGAAGAUGCAUCUGAUUAAUUAUGAUUUUAAUUUCUAUUGUUCUGAUCGAGAAAGCUCAUGCUGUGUUCUGUGCCAAGUCUGUACCCGUGGAUCUCUCUGAGAUCUCCAGUGCUGCUUGUUAAAUUUGCUUCCAGUUCCUUUGAUAAAAAGUCUGAAGGCAGGUACAUUUAAUUGAAAUACUAAAAUCACUGAGCCCAGAUUUCCCAUUUCAUUUUUGUGUUUCAAUUUAUCAUAUAAGAGAACAUUGUAGAAAAGAGAACUAAAGCAGGGCAUAAAACCCCCUCAUCUGAUGCGUGGAAUGAAGUAUGAACUGGGUGAAAUUCAAAUGUUUUAAAUUGACUGCUAAUUUCCUUCGGAUCCAGAAGCAGUAUGAUGAUAAGUUCUCCUGAACCUACUUAUUCUUAAAGCAGAUAACCUCUUAAUAUCUACUGUGAAGUUUUGUCUAUGUUGCGAAAAUAGUUUGAGACUGAUAUCUGUAAUGAAGCAUAUUUAGCUUUGUUUAGCAUACAGUAUUUCUGAGAUGUCACUUGUGUUUUGAAAUUCUUGAUUGGUACUUGCUGACUGAGUUGAUAUUCUGGUUUUAUCCCCUAGCUAAAAAUUUCUCUAGAACAAAACGACUUUACAAGCCCCCUACAAUAUUCUGAGUCCUGCUUAAGACUGUGAUGUCAGCUUUAUGUAGUAUUUAUUGCACAGGGGACUCAGAAGAGUCCCUAGGGUAGAUUCCCUCUGUAGGAACAGGUCAGAAUCCAUGCUAUGUGUAUUUUUCCUAGGUCAGCUAUACUGCAUCAGUGUAUUGAUACAUCAGUAUGAAUUUCAGUUUCAAGUGAAAUAGCAGCAUAAGUGAUUUACACCACAAUGCAUGUUCUCUCUAUAAAAAGAGACAGCUUACAAAAAAAAAAUGAAUUUAAAGUUCUUAAGGUAGAUAGCGAUACCAUGUCCUUAUUGCAUUUCUGGCUGUGGAAAGUUUGCAGGAGUCUGCCCAAACCAUGACAAUAGUGGGCUUUUUGCUUCUGUACUUCCUGCUGAAGUUUUCUCGCGUGUUUUAGUGAGCUUCCUUAUUUCAUGUACUACAGUACAUUUGUAAAUUUACUCUUGCUGAUAGAGUGUUACUUGGAAAUGUUAAUGGUACGUUUACAAUAGUAUGAGAGUGAUGACAGCUCAUAUCUAAGAACUUUGAUCUUCGAGCUUGUAUGCAUGGGGCUCCUUGGUGUUUAGAAAAGCAAUAAGAACUUUGGAAAUACAUUUUAGUGUUUUAAGGUGUAUUCAAGUUCUUUCAAAUUGGACCUGUUAAAUUGGUAUGAAACAAAUUUUAUGGACUGGUUAUUCUUGAAGUUUUUUAUUUGUGUCCCUAAACACAAACCUAACAAAACUGAUGAUAAGGUACUUCAUGAAGUAUGCAGUCUGAUUUACAACUUGAAGGUAUCAUUCCUGUUAUUAACAGUGCUCAGAAAAUUUCCCUAUUAGCACGUCGAGGUUCUUAGAAUAAAUAAAUUCUAGACCUUGGUUUUUGUCUUUUUGGUAAUAAACUCAGUCCCCAAAAUGAAGCACACUGCUGUCCGCUAGUGGGGAGAGGACCAACAAAAAGACUGUAGGCCUCCCCUUUUGUUGGGCAUGACCUGAAUUACGCUGCUCUGUCAGGAUAGCUUUAGCAGCUGGGGGCGUGGACCGGCCUUUUCUUCUGGACUUGGUUGUGCUAGAGGAUGAAUUUACUGUUCUUCCUUUCCAAUCUGCCCUCGACUGUUCUCUCUGACAGUUUCAUCGCCCACGGAGCAGAUGAUGAGAUUUCUUCCUAAUUUGCUUCAUUGUAAAUGAGUGGGUUGGUAGAACACCUGUCUCAUCCCUUUUCACCUUAAUACUGAAAAUGGGCCAGGUCAGGGAGUUGCGCUUACUAGGCAGGUGCAUGGUAACCUUCCACUGUACUGCAGUGUCUGUCCACGUGUUAAGAGUGCAGAGAGGAAAAGAAAUGUGUAUCCUGCUCAAAAUUGGGGGGAGCAGCAGUGGCAACACAAAAUUUUUCUCACCUUGUAUUGUUCAAGGAGGUCAUAGAGGUGUGCAGAAGGAAAAACCCCAUCUUCCAGCAUGUGCUGUGCUGCUGUCCUGGCAGUGGGACAGGGGUAGGGGAAGAGCCUUAAAGCAGAAGCCAGCAUCUUCAGCAAAUGCUUCCUACUGAGGCCACCAGCUGUGGCUGCUAGGAUGUUACUGUUUGCUAAGUGGCCAUUUGGUGAAAUACAUGCUUGUACUCUGUUCUCUCAUGUUUAUGGCAGAAGAGCUUUGGCUUAGAUGUUUCUCUGGCAUAUCAUCAUCUCUGAACCUGCCUGUGCAGGGAGGGGGAGAUUUUUUUUGCUGCUCAUUUGUACCACGUUUCAAGUUUUAAUCUUAUGUAAAGAAUUUCUAUUGAAGAUACUUGUAGCUGUGUACAGAAAAUUGUGAAUUCUCUUCUAAAUGCACUUGAUUAAAUCCAGUUUUAAAAAUA